AUGUGGAAUAUAAUUUCAAUUAAUCCUAUAUGUUAGAAAAAGAAAUUGGUUUCUGAUUAAGAGAGGUUAUUACUAAAUUGUAAAAACAUGAGAAAGACAAUUAAUAAUGGAGAACCAUGGAAACCAUCUCAUUCGUUAUCUAAAGUUAAUAACAAAUAUAGUCAUUGUAAUUUUAUAUAUAAAAAUUAAUAAAGAGGAAGAGAAUAAAAUCAUGCAUUAAAAUAAUAUUUUGUUAUCUAAAAUGAUGGAUAUUUAGAGACAUAAUUUAAGAAGUUAAAGUUCUGGAUAAUUACCAUUAUCAUUAUCACAUGUUAGUAAUCUUAACUAACGAAAAUUCGAGAAAUUCAAAAUUAACUAAGAAAAUUAAAAGUUUCUAUCUCGUCUUUAAUCUGCUUCAUCAAUUUAUAAUAAAAAUUAUUGGUAACCUGAUAAUGAAAAGAAUGAAAUUUACAAAUAAAUUAUAUUAAAGAGAACAAGUUAAAUUUAAUUAUUAUUUUAGAACUCAAUCAAGAUUAUAAUGAUUUAGCUAGAAAAUCCCUUGAAACUAGAUCUACAGGGAGAAUGCUUUCAUGUAUAGACAUAUCAUUAUUUAAGCAGCCCAAUAAUUUAAACGUAGACAGAUGUCUGAUGAACAAUUUUAAUACUAAUAAUCCCCAGAAUGA